AUGGCGGAUCCUGGUGAUGACCACGUCUCUGACUCUUCUGGGAAAUGCUCCAGAAAUACUAACCCGAAGAUGAAAGAUUUAGCAGAUGCUCAUGCAAAGGCUGAUCAACCUUUAGACAGGGCGAGAGAACUGAGGAAAAGAGCUGAAAAUGAGAAGCUCGCAAUUUAUCGGCAGAAGCGACGUAGCAAACAAUCUCCUGAUUUAGAUGCAGACGAGGUUGAGUCUGCCUGGAAACCUCUUGAGCACAGGAUCAAACCACAUGAAUCCGGUAUGAGAGAUGAACCGUUAGCCAAUGGAUAUCUCCGAGUCGAGUAUGAAGAAGAUGAAUACUUAAAUGUGAUGGAUGAUGAUCCUGAAGACCAAUUGGAAGAAGCUCCCAGUAAAGAUUCUGAUAAUGACUCUGAGGAAGAAUUUGAAGAAGACUCCAUGGAGGAUGAUGAUCCUGAAGACGAUGAUGGAUUCGAUGAACCUGAUAACUAG